AUGAAGCAGGCGUGGAGACAGCGGCUGAGAGAGUUCAAUGUGGAUGCAGAUGAUCAGGAGGCGGUGAUUGAAUUUUUGGGACAGAAGGUUGAGGGGCAGGGCAUCGAGCACAACCGGCUGGUGGAGAUGUUUUGUUGGCUGCGAGGAAUAUAUCAGGAGGCAGAGAGGGGGAAGAUGGAGUCAGAGGGUACAGAGGUCAAGUGA